AUGCCGCCGGACUCUCUCCGUAGAUGCUCCAACCCGGCCACGGUUCGAGCUUGCGUCAACUGCCAGAGGCGGAAGAGCCGCUGCAUGAGAGGCAGCGCGCCCAACGACCCAUGUUCCUACUGCGCCAAAUCAGGCAAGACGUGCAGCUUCGAGAGCCCACCCGAUCGGACGCCUCUGACCCGGAAGAACCUCGACGCGGCCGAGCUCCGGUGCGCCCAGCUGCGAGACCUCCUGCGCUCGCUGGACCCGGACCUCGACAUCGAGUCGGCGCUCAAGGAGACGGACAGGCAGCGGGCGGAGAAGGAGGACAUCGGCAGCACCCUGCACACGCCGGACGAGGAGUCGGACGAGGUCACCCCCCAUAGCUACGAGUGGCACGAGGGAUCCCUUUCCCCCGAGUGCAAGUCCGCGACGCACGAGAACGACGGCAUGGCCAUGCUGUCGACCCACGACUCCGGAUACUUGGGGAGUAGUUCCGGUUCCCAGCUGCUCGGCGAGAUCGACUCCGUGAUCCACGUUUCCGAUGCAGCCAAGCAACAGCAGCAGCAGCAGCAGCAGCAGCAGCAACAGCAACAACAGCAACAACAGCAACAACAACAGAAUCAGCACCCAACGUCGCACCGCAAACGCCUGCGCAGAUCUUCAAGCUCGGCCGGGCAGGGGCUCGCGCCGACAGAGUGUCUCCAUCUCCAAUCCACGUACGUCGCCAGCCGGCUGAUAGACGCGUACUUCCUCCUCUACAACACGUCGUACCCCGUCCUGCACGAGAGGACGUUCCGCGAAAGGGUCGACGCGGGGCGCCGGCAACGUCCCGGCCACUCGCCGUGGCGGGUCGUCUACCAGAUGGUGCUGGCCAUCGGCCAUUGGCUUUCCAGCUCCGAGUCGGAGCAGCUGCAGUCGGGCUACUACAGCGCCGCGAGGUCGAGCCUGUCUCUCCAGAUGCUCGAGUCCGGCACCAUCGAGACCGUCCAGGCCUUCCUGCUCAUGAGCAACUACCUGCAGAAGAGGGACCGGACCAACACAGGCUACAACUUCGGCGGCCUGGCGUACAGGAUGGCGCUGGGUCUCGGGCUGCACCGCGAGCCGCCGGGGUCCGAGGAUACCCUGGGACAUGAGCGGCGUCGGCAGCUCUUCUGGACCAUCUACUGCUUUGAAAGCGGCUUCAACAUCACGACCGGAAGGCCGCCGGCAAUGUCCCAAGAUUUCAUCGACACCCGAGUGCCCCGGAACAUCGAUGACAAGGAGUUGCCGUUGAAGGCGCCCGUGCCCCCGUCGGUCGAUUACCCAACGACGUACUCGACCAUCAUUGCCCACGCAGAACUGGCCAAGAUCGCGGACGCCGUAUAUCACGAGUUCCUCCUGGCCAAGACCGCAGGCACCAAGAUCGAGUACCGCGUCGCCGAGACCCUGGAGCGAGACCUCAACCGCUGGCAGCAAGCUCUCCCCGCUUACUUCGUCGCCCCCGCCGCCGACUGUCCCUCGUGGUUCCGCGCGCCGAGGGCCGUGGUGCUCUGGAAGGAGCAGAACCUCCGCAUCCUCCUCUGGCGCGGGAGCCAGCUGCAGCACAGCUACCUCCCGACCAAGGUCGACGCCGAGGAGAAGUGCCUCGACGUCGCGAUGCAGAGCGUCCACGAUAUCGCCGCCUUCUGCCUGGCCUUGGAGGGCGCCCUGCACCAGGGCAUCAUCUGGUACGCCACGUACUUCCUGUUCCAGGCGACCCUGGUCCUCGAGGCGAACUACCUCACGCGGGCCGCCCAGUCGGAGCAGGACAGGGCCGCCUGGCAGCACUCCGUCUCUAAAUCCCGGGCGUGCCUGAAGGCGCUGGCGCCGAGGAGCAGGCCGGCCAAGCGGUGUCUGGAGAUGCUCGACCGCAUCCAUAGCCAGUUCCAGUACCUGCCGCAGCUCGAUCCCGAUCUGGACCGACAAACCUACUUUCAGAGUAGCAGCACGGCGCACCGGCCUGCGGAGUCUACUACUGCGUGUACGACGUUGCCGGCCAAUGACUUCAUAGCGCCGACGCCAAACUUUGUCAAUCUACCGAGCGAGAACGACUUUGCCUUCUACGGCGAAAGUCAACCGGUCUUCAGUGACGACGGUGCUGACCCGAGCUUACGAAUGCUAUUGAACGAGGCCUCUUUAGAUUUCAUGGAGAACAUGCCGCUCGACCUUUUACUGGGCGACUGGGCUACGUAG